AGAUGGGAAAGUUUGCAGUCCCUGAAUCUGCUGUCAGCUCCUCCCCUUCCUCAAUUCCCCCUCCCAUCCUUUCCCACCUUCCUCUUGAAUGUCAUAAAUUCUGCCAGUCCCCAGCUGUCAGGAAGCCUCCAGUCCUGGUCACCAAGAUGCACAAGCUCUGCCUCUUUGCAGUUCUCCUUGUCCUCACGGCCACCAGCGUGGCCAGCACCCAAGGGGAGGAGACCAGCGCUGAUUUCCAAGCCCAGCCGCCUGCUUUUUGCCUGGAGCCGCCCUACACAGGUCCCUGCAAAGCUAUGUUUAUCAGAUACUUUUUCAAUGCCAGCUCUGGGUACUGUGAGAGCUUUGUCUAUGGUGGCUGUGAAGGAAACCAGAAUCGCUUCUGGGACCAGGAGGAGUGUGCCCAGACCUGCGGGCAGAAAAUCACAGCCUUAGCCCAGCCGCCUGCUUUCUGCCUGGAGCCGCCCUACACAGGUCCCUGCAAAGCUAUGUUUAUCAGAUACUUCUUCAAUGCCAGCUCUGGGUUCUGUGAGACCUUUGUCUAUGGUGGCUGUGGAGGAAACCAGAACCGCUUCUGGGACCAGGAAGAGUGUGUCCAGACCUGCGGGCAGAAAAUCACAUCCUUAGAUAUACUGACACCUGUGCGACGUGGACAUGCUAAAGUCUGACCCACAUCCCAAAAAACCCACAUAACCCUUUUCCAAUGGCAAUAAAUAUUCUUCCAUGUAGAGUAGUUAUUCUGCUAAGUUCAUCCCUUUCCUAGCAGACCCUGCCUCCUUCUCCCCAGGCUUUACUUAUUUCAGGACUGUUUAAACAUACACUCUUAAGCACCACAAGAUCAAGACAAACAUGUCUUUGUUUCUUCGUCACAUUGUCCCCAUCAUGUUGCACUGUUCCUGACACCAAGGAGAUCGUCAAUACACAUCUGUGAAACAAAUGAAUGAAUGAAUGAAUCUCAUCUGCACAGGACUGACUACAGAGCUCGGGUACUGAAGCCAGGACUCUAGGUCUAGUCACCUCCUGCACUUCAUCCUUGCCUUCAUCCUUCACCCAUCCGUCCAUGUGGGGUGUAGAAGUGGGGUUUCUGGCAUCCAGUUCUCCAUAUCAAUCAUAUGGAGCAGGGAGUGACAAGGAUGCUUUCACAAAAGGCCUCCUGCAGCUCCUGGGAUGUUGUCCAUCUCUCCUGUUUUUUCUUUGGCUUUAUGUUUAGGUACAUUUAUUUCCUCUCUUGCUUUUUGGUUUCUUGCUUUCUCUCUCUGUCUGUCUGUCUCUCUCUCUCUCUUCACCCCCUUGUGUUUUCUGUGUUGGGAGUGUACUUCAGGUAUAGAGCUAGAGCACACUAAAUAUAACAUAUGUAACAUGGGGGGCACCAGCAGAGACCACCAGGUUUGUGUAAAGUCAACAUGACAUGGAAUUUACUGUACCUGGGUGCAGAAAGGCAGAGAGCACGAUAGGACCAUCUGCCCCAAACAAAGAGAGGUGUGUCCCUUUCAUAGGGAUAGAAAGAAGGCAGGGGACAAUAAGCAGGAAGAUCCCAGUAAACACCUGUGGUCAAAGUUGUCUGGCGGUGUUGCACCUCAGCGGGCAAAGUCCUUGAAGUGUCCAUUGUAAAUUUUUGGGUAUCCCCAGAUGUCCCCAGGACCUGCAAAAUUCCUUUUCCUAUCAUAUCUCCUCCAUGACAUCCUGUGCUUGCAGAUGACAACUUCCGUCAGCAGCUGAGUUCCCUGCAGAGAGUAGUGCUUCUGCUGACAAGCAGGUUGAGGGGUGGGAAAGUCAGGUCUGAUUCAUUCCUUACACAAAACCAAUGCUCUACCAAUGGGCUACUUCCUCACCCAAGAAAUUCAUGUUGUUAUUAAAGUAACCAAACUGGA